AGAGCAUGUUCCUUCCUUAACUUUGUUUAAAUUCAAAAACUUCUAAGAAAGCGGGAGAAGAGAAGACACAGCAACAAUGGCGAACAACAAGAGCUCCAAGAAACCAAUGAGUCUCAAUGAUAGUCACUAUCGCUUCCUCCAAGAACAUUCCGCUCCCCCCAAACCCUCUUCCAAACGUUUCGAUGAAGAAUCGAUCGAAUCCUCCACGAGGAAACAACAACACCAAAACAUUCCUCAAUUUUCCGCAAUCACCGACUUCGAUUCUCCAAUCGGGUUAGCAUCGGACGAGAAACACGAACCGAUCAAGGUACAUGAAGCCGAAGAAGUUGUAGCUCCGUUCAACGAUAUUUCUACUACUAGGCAAGACUUGGACAAGAAACAUAAGCCAAUCAUCUUUCAAGAAGAAGAGCAAGAAGAAGAAGAAGAAGGUUCGUCCAACGUGGUUAGUUCUUCCUCUGGGCAAAACUCGGAUGAGAAACCCGGACCGAUGUUUUUUGAAGAAGAAGCUCCACCCGACGUGGUUGAUUUUUCCCCAAAGGAAGAAAGGACGACGAAGGUGAAAGUACAGGGACGGCGGCGCCUCUGUAAGAUUGUGCAUGAAGACGCCGGAAAAAGCGUGGCGGUUGAUGAGUCCAAGUUUGAUGAACUGAUCGACCUUGAUUCGCCGAUUCCCGUGCCCAGAAGCGUCGUCCAGAUUGAGGAGAGUGAGGGCAAGAAUGAAAUUAGGGAUAUUUUGUCUGAACUGAACGCCAAGUUUGAGUUGCUAUCGGUUGAGAGGAAGCCGAGGCCGAAUCGUGUUGAGGGUUUGGUUGCAGGUAAAGAAAGUCACGAUGAUGAGGGUUUAGAGUAUGGGAGUGCAGGGUCGUCGUUUUCUCCGCAGCAGGAGAGCUUGACUGAGGGUAAUAAGAAUGAAGAUGGCGACUGUACUGAGUAUGAUUCAGAGGAUUCGGUUCAAGUGAUGGAUAAUUUUGUGCCAGAGAAUGAUGGUUCAAUAACUUUGAGUGGACCCAGGUCAACUUAUAAGUUGCCUGCUAAAAUUGGGAAAAUGUUGUAUCCACAUCAGCGGGAGGGGUUGACGUGGCUCUGGUCUUUGUAUUGUCUGGGAAAAGGGGGAAUCUUGGGGGAUGAUAUGGGUUUGGGGAAAACAAUGCAGAUAUGUGGCUUUCUAGCUGGACUGUUUCAUUCUCGUUUAAUAAGAAGGGCAUUGGUUGUAGCUCCCAAAACAUUAUUGCCCCAUUGGAUCAAAGAAUUGUCAGCUGUGGGUCUAUCCGAGAAGACAAGAGAAUAUUGUGGAACUUCUGCAAAACUCAGAGAAUACGAACUUCAGUAUAUACUUCAGGACAAAGGCGUUCUUCUCACAACUUAUGAUAUUGUCCGCAACAAUUCUAAGUCCUUACGGGGGAGUAAUUAUUUAAAUGACGAGGAAAGUGAAGAUGACGCUACAUGGGACUACAUGAUACUGGAUGAGGGACACCUUAUAAAGAACCCAAGCACACAAAGGGCUAAAAGUUUGCUUGAAAUACCAAGUGCUCAUCGCAUUAUCAUCAGUGGCACACCGUUGCAAAAUAAUCUUAAGGAGUUGUGGGCAUUGUUCAAUUUCUGUUGCCCAGACUUGCUUGGUGACAACAAAUGGUUCAGAGAAAAAUUUGAAAAGCCCAUACUCCGUGGAAAUGACAAGCAUGCUUCUGACAGGGAUAAACGUGUUGGUUCAUCUAUAGCACAGGAACUAAGAGAUCGUAUUCAGCCUUACUUUUUAAGACGAAUGAAGAGUGAGGUUUUCAGUCAAGAUGUUGAGAAAACAACUGCAAAACUUUCUCAAAAACAAGAGAUCAUUGUGUGGCUUCGAUUGACAAGUGUUCAGCGGUAUCUUUAUGAAGCAUUUUUGAAGAGUGAGAUUGUUCUCUCAGCAUUUGAUGGCUCACCUCUGGCGGCCCUUACGAUUCUAAAGAAAAUAUGUGAUCAUCCACUUCUGUUGACCAAGCGGGCAGCUGAGGAUGUGUUGGAAGGGAUGGACUCAAUGCUAAAGCCAGACGAAGCUAAUGUUGCAACAAAAUUAGCAAAGCACAUAGCCGAUGUUGGUGACACAGAAAGGUUUAAAGAUGAACAAGGCGUGUCAUGCAAAAUUUCCUUCAUUAUGUCAUUGUUGGAUAAUUUGAUCCCAGAAGGGCAUUGUGUGCUUAUAUUUUCUCAGACUCGCAUGAUGCUUAAUCUUAUUCAGGAAUGCCUACUGUCCCAAGGUUAUGACUUCUUACGAAUUGAUGGCACAACAAAAGCCAAUGACAGACUAAAGAUUGUCAAUGAUUUCCAAGAAGGUGUUGGAGCUCCUAUAUUUCUCUUGACGUCUCAGGUUGGUGGUUUGGGACUUACACUUACAAGAGCAGAUCGUGUGAUUGUUGUUGAUCCUGCUUGGAACCCAAGUAUGGAUAAUCAAAGUGUUGACCGUGCAUAUCGAAUUGGGCAAAAGAAAGAUGUCAUUGUAUAUAGACUAAUGACGUGCGGAACUGUUGAAGAAAAGAUCUACAGGAAACAGGUAUAUAAGGGAGGAUUAUUCAAAACUGCUACCGAGAAGAAAGAACAGAUUCGGUACUUUAGCCAGCAGGAUCUUAGGGAGCUUUUCAGCCUUCCAAAAGAAGGAUUCGAUGUAUCUGUUACCCAAAGGCAAUUGAAUGAGGAGCACGAUCGUCAAUAUACAGUUGAUGACUUUUUCAAAGCACAUAUAGAGUUCUUGAAGAGUCAAGGCAUAGCUGGAGUUAGUCACCACAGUUUACUGUUUUCAAAGACAGGGCCGCAGGUUCGCGAUGAACUCGAGGAUGAUGAAGUUACAAGGAAUCAUGCGACUAGGUAUAUUGGGACUUCGAGAUCAUCUUCAAAUGACCAUAUUACUUACGGCUCCGAGUUUGCAUUUAAUCCUAAGAAUGUUACCACAAGCAAAAAAAGUUCAUCUCCUAGCAGUGCUGGUAAAUUGACCGAGUCAGAAAUCAAGGAUAAAAUUAAUCGGCUCUCUCAAACGCUCUCAAAUGCGGCUAUGAUUUCUAAGUUACCUGAUAAGGGCGAGAAACUGCAGAAACGUCUUGCGGAACUGAGUUCAGAGCUGGCUGAACUGAAAAGUGAAAGAAAUGUGAUUGAUUUGGAUGAUUUUACCACUGAAUUUCAACAAGGGUUGAAUCUAUAAUUUUCUCGUACAAGACAUAAUUUUGUGUCGAACUUGUUGAAGAGCCUGCAAGUUUGACGCCAUCUCAUUUAGAAGUGUCCAAUGCUUCAUUGGUAAGAAAAUGAAAAGAAAAUACAUGGUUUUCUAAUUCUC